UGGCAGUUCUUGCCUGCGCCGUGCUCCGCGGUGGUGCGAGACCGAGAGCGGAGAGCGGAGAGAAGUUCGUGGAGAGAAACCCGAGCAAGCCCCAUCUCCGCCUCAUCCUCCGCCCGCUCGCCACGAUGCUCGCGACCGCCUCGCACCGCCUUUCGCUGGUGGCGCCCGCCGCCGCGCUGGCCCGCUGCGGCGUCCGCCUCCCGCGCCGUCGCCCAGGCCGUUACGCUUCGGUGCGCGCCGCGGCGGCGGCGGCGGCGGCCCCAGCCCCGCCGGCGAAGGAGGGGGCCGAGGAGCUGGGGUUCCAGGAGAUGUCGGCCGGGACGCGGCGGCGGUAUUACAUGCUCGGGGGCAAGGGCGGGGUCGGGAAGACGAGCUGCGCGGCGUCGCUUGCCGUGCGCUUCGCCAACAGCGGACACCCGACCCUCGUCGUCUCCACCGAUCCCGCGCACUCGCUGAGCGACUCGUUCGCGCAGGAUUUGAGUGGUGGUGCGCUCGUGCCGGUCGAGGGCCCUGAUUCGCCUUUGUUCGCACUUGAGAUAAAUCCUGAGAAGGCUCGGGAAGAAUUUCAGGCAGCAAGUCAAAAGAAUGGAGGGACUGGGGUGAAAGAUUUCAUGGAUAGCAUGGGCCUUGGGGUGCUUGUUGAGCAGCUUGGAGAGUUGAAAUUGGGGGAAUUGUUGGACACACCACCACCAGGAUUGGAUGAAGCAAUCGCAAUUUCAAAGGUUAUGCAAUUUCUCGAAGCACAAGAGUACAGCAUGUUUAGUCGUAUUGUUUUUGACACCGCCCCGACGGGCCAUACACUCCGGUUACUAUCCUUGCCAGAUUUCUUGGAUGCAUCCAUUGGGAAAAUAUUGAAGCUGAGGAGCAAGAUUGCCUCUGCAACAUCAGCUAUUAAAUCUGUAUUUGGACAAGAGGCUCAACAGCAUGAUGCAGUCAACAAAUUGGAGCAACUCAGAGAAAGGAUGGUAAAAGUGCGAGCGCUUUUUCGUGACACGGAAACAACAGAGUUUAUAAUUGUGACAAUCCCAACGGUGAUGGCAAUCAGUGAGUCAUCAAGACUGCAUUCUUCACUGCAAAAGGAAAGUGUUCCUGUAAGGAAACUCAUCGUGAACCAAGUUCUACCACCUUCAACAUCAGACUGUAAAUUUUGCGCUAUAAAAAGAAAGGAUCAAACACGUGCUCUGGACAUGAUAAGGAAUGAUCCAGAAUUGAUGGGGUUGAACAUUAUCCAAGCACCACUUGUGGACAUGGAGAUCAGAGGUGUUCCUGCUCUCAAGUUUUUGGGUGAUAUAGUGUGGAAGUAACUUCAGUAAUUGGAAAUAGGAUCCCUUUUGGGUGCUUAAUAGCUCAAUAUCGCUUUUAGCUUGUUGCGCUAGCGAACUGCUUUGCAAACUGUGAACACUUCAAGUAUAAACUUGGGCAGUUCUUCACAGCCACAAUGCGGCUUACCAUAUCCCGGUACCUUAAAUCUGAGUAGAAAGCAUCGAAUUGGAGGGUUUUGCUGCACUAGCAUUCGCUGACCUGUUAUCUAGCAGUGAUGCCAGAUUGGAUAUAGUUCCACAUCAUGCCAAUGCAGCCGAAAUACCUAGUAUUGCUGCUUCUUUACCCCUUAGAUAGCAACACCUGUGGCCUUUUGGUUCCACAAAUUUGUAAAAAAAAAAAUAUUUUUUGUACGCGCCAUGUAAAUUUGUUACAAGAAGUGAGUUUUUGUCCUC